GUCAGUUUACCAGACUCGGUUCUGAAGCCUCUGCGCUUUUACUGCUGAAGGGGCACCGAGCAGAACAUUCAUAAUACCAAGACUAAACUUCUUCCUGGCUGCUAACAGCCGCAGGAUGAGAGGAGCGCCGAGCGAAAACAUCACCUUCUCUAUGCCUCUGCCCAAGGAAACUUGAUCACCAAUCAGCAUGGCAGGGGACGAUCAGAGCGAUCCUUUUCUCUGGGAAGAGGAUAGGGUGGUGCAAGAACUUUGCACCGCGAACCGAUCAUGGAAAGCGCCUGCUGCAAAGCGAUUGCCAGAUCCUGUGGCCCUUGAAGCGAAACUUCGUGAGUGCGGAGUCGAUGGCCAAUCGCUUCUGACAUACGAGGACGAAUUCGGCUUUGACCAACUGUGGGCUGCCCUGGGAGUCAAAAAGCUGCCUCAUCAACUCUCACUCAAAGAUGCCAUCACCCAACUGAGAAGGCGUAGCAAGAAAUAUCGGGAAUGGAAAGCUCAGCAACUAGCUGCCAGUCAACUGCUUGACGAGGAGGAACAUGACUCUGCAGUCAAGUCACAUCCUUACGAGCCAGCUGAUCUGGAGCAUGUCGGUCAAGCCGCGCCUGUUUCCCAACCAGACCACGACAACGCCACUCCUCACCCCGGGGCACCUGUGCCGGGUUUGGCAAUCCCCUUUCAGGGCGUCCUGUCUCCGACUCUAUCGGCCUCCGUCGAUCGUGACUUACCCACUUCUCAAGUUCUGCAAACUGCGCAGGAGAACACGGAGGAGCCUCCUAGCAAGAAGAGGAGAAUCGCGCCCACGAAUAUAUCCAACAACACCACGGGUAAUAGCGCCUUCGCCAUCAUUCCAACCGAGGGGGACGUGGUUCUGAGAGCGGACCUUCUCUCAAGAGAUCCAGUAGAAACUAUCCUACAAGAGGACGAAUCUUCUGGUUUUCUAGGCCCUGGCAUUCUGCGGCCGGCACAGCUCUUCGAGCCAGAAUUGUUGGAUGCCGCAGAUCUAGCCGAACAGGACUUUGUACUGCUGCCGAGACAACUUCCUGCAGGACGGCGCAUCCAGGUUUCGGCCGCAAUGAAGCGAUUUCUUCGGGCAAGCCUCGCAGAUCGCCUGAGAAUGAGCGCUCACGGUCGUGAAGAAGAGUCGGAAUACGGGCCAUCCGAUGAUGAGAGUGUCGAUUCCGAGACGUGGCGAGAGUACCAACAAGAAGAAGCAGAGCGGGCGGCGAUGGAAGCGGGCAAAGAUGCGGACAAUGAGCGGCUUCUCAGUAAAGAGGAAGUGGCCGAGGCGGUUCGCACUGCAAUACAAGAGCUGGAGACCCGAUGGCUGAUCGAGAAGAAGCCCAAAUACGACCUCAAAGCUCUCAAAACAUGGCAGGACGCCCGCCGCAACCCCAACCGCGUGGCCUUCAUAGAGUCGGCGAAGAGAGAGUUGGACCACUUCGCCAGUCGCAUCGCGCUCUACUCCAAACACAUCGUUGACCAGCCUUGGACCGUCAAGAAUGAUGUCCAGCGCAAGGCCUCUGGCAUUUUAGAGGCAAGCGUUUUUGACAAGAAGCGCCAGGCUUGGCUCAUCGACGUAGUCGAGAGCCCUGUCCGGCCCCCAAAACCAUCCACCCUUCCUCGUCCAACGCCUAAGCGCGCGGAGCCAUCGGUAGUUGUUGAUGACGAAGAGGUCUUAACGAGCGACUCGGAUGAUUUGGGCUCGUUUAUAGAAAAUGAUGACGACAUCGCUCCUAUUAUCCAUGAAGAGAUGGACAUUGAUUCUGAGCCUCCCGAACAACAGGUUCCUGCCACAGCAAGCUCAGAUAGUACUGCUACUGGCUCUCCUGGUAGCAGAGCGGGCGCUAGGUCUUCGGCAGCCCGAGUAUUAUCCUCGGAGCAACAAGCCAACAACGAUUUGACAUCCACUGUCCCCGCGCCCAGAAAGGCCAAAUCCGAGCCGCUCUCAGUGCCAGCAACUCCGCACCGAACCAGGAUUUCAGCUCCCGAAAUCAUUGAGAUUGAAUCAUCCCCAUCCCCGACCAAGCAACUCCUCGAAGUCCCGGGGCUCGAUGAUUUGGACAGCCUCGAGAAAAUUGGCGAGAUUGGGAUCGAGUACUGGCAAAAGAAUGAAGAUCCCAAACGGCUCGUAGUGGCGGUGCUGUGUGACUGGUCUGACACGAAAAGGAAAAUGGUCUACGAGGUGAUCAAGGACCACGAUCACCCUGAAAUAUGGGCGAAGUACAUUGCUCCGGUUCUCGAUACUCGAGAGGACCUCUCUUCAGCAGCAGCCGGCUUGGAGACAUUCUUGAUCUGUCGCCUCUUCGAUGCCUACGUGAGCAAGAGCGCUAAGCGAUCUUUCAGCUCAGUUCUGAGGACCAUCACCUGUAAUAGAAUUAAGCGUGAAGGAAACUUGUUUGCCAGUUUCUGCGCACUGCUCAGAAGGAUUCUCCCGAUCUUUCUACGCCUUGUUCCGCAGACGCCGACUCAAGGAGUCCCACAGACACCAAGAAAUCGAGAGCAGAGGAGUCAGACGCCGGCUGAGGCGCAGGAAUCUCCGGACAACCCCAGCGCUUCAGAGGAAUCUUCGUCAGAUGAUCACACCGUUCCGUCGACUAAGAAGCGACGGCGGGUCAAGCGUCGCGACGCACAGGCGGCGAAAGUUCGGUCCGACGUACUCAAGCGCAACGAGGAGCUUGCCAGACGCACGCGUGAGCUGCGUGAGCGACUCGCCCAGCAGGGACCCGACUCGAACAAGCAUACGCGCCUCAUUGUCAACGAGACUAAAGAAUCCGAUGACCAGGCGUUGAUCUACAUCAACGAUCACAUCGGUAGCAAGAUCAAGGAUCACCAGAUUGAGGGCGUGAGGUUCAUGUGGAACCAGCUUGUCGUCGAGUCGAGUGUCCGGCAAGGCUGCUUGCUCGCACACACCAUGGGCCUCGGGAAGACGAUGCAGGUGAUUACCCUUUUAGUGGUCAUUGCCGAGUCGUCGGCAUCGCCUGAUGAAUCUGUGCGCUCCCAAAUCCCGGAGGAUCUGCGGGAAUCGAAAACACUCAUCCUCUGUCCCCCGAGCUUGCUGGACAAUUGGCACGAAGAAAUCCACAUGUGGGCGCCCAACGGCAUCCUAGGUCCUGUUUAUAAAAUGGACUCGGUGAUACCCGCUUCUGAGCGUAUGGAGAUGAUUCAGGCUUGGGCUUCUUCUGGUGGGAUCUUGAUCCUCGGCUACAGCAUGUUCACCACUCUUGUCAAAGGUACAGAGGGGGCAGGGAAGCUGUUGCUGGAGACUCCGAACAUCGUUGUCGGAGAUGAGGCGCAUUACAUGAAGAACCCGGGGUCGCAGAGACAUCAGGCCACUGCAAACUUCAGAACAAUGAGUCGAAUCGCCAUGACCGGGUCGCCUCUUACCAACAACGUCAUGGACUACUACGCCAUGAUCAAUUGGGUAGCCCCCAACUAUUUGGCCGACAUUGCUGAGUUCAGAGAGAGAUAUUCAAACCCCAUCAAAGAAGGUCUGUAUGCUGACAGUGAGCCUUCCAAAAAGAGGAAGGCCCGCAAGAUGCUACAUGUCCUGAAAGCGACCGUGGAUCCAAAGGUUCAUCGAAGGGACAUCGAGGUACUGCUGAACGAGCUCCCGAAAAAGAAAGAGUUCAUCAUUACCUUACCUUUGACAAAGGCCCAGAAGCGGCUUUACAGGAGGUACAUCGAGUGCGUGAUGGAGCCCAACAAGCAAUUAAUGACUGGCCAAGCAAAGGCUUGGAGUCUCGUCGCCAAACUGGGUCUUGUCCUAGCUCAUCCCAUCAUUUUCAAGACCGUUGCGGAAUCCCAAAAGGCCGAAGCUCGGAAGGCAACAGCAGGCGGCUACAAAGCUCAGUCACCCAGUUCGUCGUCGACAACGUCAGCCACUGAGCAAGACGAUGAGGACAACAUUGAGCUGCCGCAGGACGUUCUGAGUCAGCUGCUUACCACCGUUGCGUUACGCGAUAUUGAGGAUUACGCCCUGUCUAACAAGAUUCUUGUCCUCCUCCGGAUAUUGGACGAGUGCAAGAAAGUGGGGGACAAAGUUCUGGUCUUCUCGCAAAGCAUCCCGACCCUCAAUUACAUUGAAACCAUUUUCAAGAGGCAAAGGGUGGUCUACCAGCGGCUUGAUGGCGCCACGCCCAUGUCGAAACGGCAAGACCUGGUCAAGAAGUUCAACACGGACUCGGAGACCCGAGUUUACUUAAUCUCAACCAGGGCUGGAGGCGUUGGCCUCAACAUGUAUGGCGCCAAUCGAGUGGUCAUAUUUGACUUCAGGUACACUCCGGCCGAGGAGCAGCAGGCGAUUGGCAGAGCUUACCGCCUCGGCCAAACGAAGCCGGUCUACGUCUAUUGGCUUACCAUUGGAGGCACCUUUGAGGACACCAUUCACAACAAUGCGGUGUUCAAAACGCAACUAGCGUCCAGGGUGGUAGACAAGAAGAACCCGGACCCAUGGUCAUCACGUUUUUCUGAAUAUUUCAUGAUGCCCCGGGAGGUAGAGCAGGAAGAUCUGUCUGGAAGUCUCGGCCAAGACAAGGUUCUGGAUGCACUUGUUCAAUGCGAGCAAACUGGCAAGCUGAUCCGUAAAAUCACGUCUACCGAAACUUUUGAACGAGAGGAGACGUAUGAGCUUACCCCGGAGGAACAGCAGGAAGCGGAAAAGGACAUUGAGAUGGAGCGGCUUCGGCUCCAGAAUCCAGAGGAGUUCAGACGCAGAGAGCAAGAACGGUUGCUACAGUCGAGGGGCAUGCUUGGGAUGCAGUCACAGCCGCCGCCUGACUCCUACCAACCGCGCCCUACCGACGGUGAGUCUCCAUCAAUGUCUUCCGACACAGACAGCCGGAGCAAUAGGAUCGUGAAGAUCAAAGUGCCGGAACACUUGAGGAAAACGCGGAACUCGGAGCCACCAGUCACCAACGUGGUUUCUGAUGUUAUGUCUGCUCAAGCUCAACGCAACCCUUCGUCUUGUCAAAAGGUUGACAGCCAUCACCAACAGCAAGUACUGACUCUGGCUUCUGCAGCUACGGUCAACCGUCCUAUUCCAACUACAACCCAGCAGGCUUCUCACGUGGCUAUCGCAUCCGAACAAACGGUGUCUGUUCAUGAGAACCCACCUUCUACGCACCCAACUUCAGCGGCAAGCACGACCGCCCCAGAUACGGUAUUGACGCAGGAUUCCAAGGCAGCGCCGCAACCUAUUCUUGCCGCCGGAUCACACUUCAAAGUUCAGCAGGCUCCGCCGCCGCCGGUACCGACGAGUGAACCACCGCUUGUUGGCAACCUGGGCACACCAUCUCCCACACCUACAGCGGUCUCAGAGGUCGAUUUCCCGGACCUUCUGACCGUUCACAGCACCCUUUGCCAGGAAGGCCGCCAUGUGCGACACCAUCCUAGCGAUGUAAUAAGCAGGGUGCAAGCCGUGUGGGUUCGAGAGAAGAUCGAGAAGUUGCCGAUGAUGGACAAGAUUCAAAACGUCAAGAGGUUCUCACGGAACCCGCGGUUUGCGGAAGCAAUGCUCUCCGGGUAUAUGGAUCCCGAACAACUUGCGUCAAUGACGAGACUGGAGAUGGAUGAGAUAUCGACCACACUCAACAGCUUAUCAGAAGCGGAGUUCAGACAGCGAGUAUGGACAACCAAAGCCGACCUCAACGUAUGCAACACCGACACCAAGAGUGCUUGAAAGCUGUUUUUUGUUUUCUCCUUCCCUUGGCAGAGCAAACUGACGUGGUCAUGCGCAAUAGCAACUGCGAGCAGAAUCGUCGAUGAAGACGAAGGCGGAGAGGCAUAGUACGGGACGGUUGAGUGAGGGGAAGAACAGGGGCAACCGAGGGUUCUUGCGCUUCAUCGGCUCCGGGCCGGACCAAGAAGAUCCUGUCACCCCGCAGCAGCGCCGGGGUGGGCUGAAACCCGGAGAUUCAGCCGAAUCACCUCAUAUUAUCGACUAACCGAAGUAUUUUCUCCUUGCCUCAUUCUUUUCUCGUUACGGCUAUUCCCGAGAUACCCUUACAUUUGCAUCCUAUGCUUGUUCAUUACGCGGGGGUCUGGUUGGCGCAGUUCGUGGGGUGUUCGCGGUGAGCAAGUGGCGGUCACUACCUCAAGUAAACCAGGCUUCGGGUAAAAAUAUUUUUGGGGUUUAAAGGAAGGAGGAGGGUGGAAGCAGGGGGAAAAAGGGCCAAUGAUCUUUGUGUGCUUCGCGACUUCAUGAAUAUUAAUAUUAGGGCAAAAAACUAAGCAUUGUUGGGCGUGGCAUGAAGGAGUGGAAGAGAAGUGUGAGUUUGAG